AUGGAAAAGAUAAUCUCCUUCUCUAUUGCUGGUUUCACACUUUUGAGCAGUAAGGCAACUGAUCUACUUAAGGUUGCCUUAGCAUGCAUGAUUCUUAGUUUCAUUGCUUCAUUUCAAGAUUUCUGCACUUUCUUUCCACUUCUACUCCGCCUCAUUCUCUUCCUCUUUUCUUUACCCCAAUAUUGCUUCUCGUCCAGGCGUAACAAAGCCAUUGCUGAUGGUGUUGAAUGCAGAGAAAAUAUUGAUGAUGAGCUGUUUGUAGUGGACGGAUUGAUAAACACAAGGGUUUGUUUGGAAGAGGUUUCGCAUUUGUUUGAUGAAAGCGAGCCUAGUUUCGAGGAAAUUAAGGGAACAUUUGGCAUGUUUGAUGAGGAUGGGGAUGGGUACAUAGAUGAAAAAGAUUUGGGGAAACUCCUGUUCAGGAUGGGGUUUAGUGAGUUUUCGCAACAAGAUUGCAGAGGGAUGAUCAAGGCCUUUGAUGAAAACAAAGAUGGGAGGAUUGAUAUUGGAGAAUUUUUGAAGCUCAUGGAGGAUAGCUUUGACUAG